AUGGUUGGCCCGCUCAGACCUCAGAUUGUGCUCUUUGGCUCCUCUAUAGUCCAGUUUAGUUUCGACAAUGGUGGUUGGGGUGCUGUUCUGGCCAGUUUGUAUGCUAGAAAGGCGGACAUAGUAUUGCGAGGAUACUCAGGUUGGAAUUCAAGGCAAGCUUUGGGCGUUCUGGAUGAAGUUUUUCCCAAGGAUGCUCCUGUGCAACCGUCAUUGGUAAUUGUGUACUUUGGUGGCAAUGAUUCCGUUCAUCCUCACCCUUCUGGCCUUGGUCCUCACGUUCCCCUUGGAGAAUAUCUUGAAAACAUGAGGAAGAUUGCUAACCAUCUUAAGAGCCUCUCGGACCAUAUUCGCAUUAUAUUUCUGACAUCUCCUCCCAUCAAUGAAGAGCAAAUCCGCAAAAAGCUCAGUGCAACGCAGUCAGGAAGAACCAAUGAAUCCUGUGGAAAAUAUGCAGAGGCGCUAAUGGAGCUUAGUGAGGAGCUGAACAUCAAGGCCAUUAAUCUGUGGUCAGCAAUUCAGACAAGAGAUGACUGGUUGGAUGUUAGCUUCACGGAUGGAGUUCAUCUAUCAGCAGAGGGAAGCAAGGUAGUGGUGAAGGAAAUAUUAAGGGUUCUGAGGGAAGCAGAUUGGAAGACUAGUUUGCAUUGGAUGUCAAUGCCAACAGAAUAUGCAGAAGAUUCACCGUAUUAUCCUCCCACUCCUGAUGGAAAAACAACCAUAAAUGUGUCAUACUCUAUCUCGCGGAGGUUUUUGCAAUGGGAUAUGUAG